AUGAUGGCGAAUGACUCGGAACAAUUUGCGCGACAAGCGAUUCUAGAAGAAUUCAAAUUAGGCACAAAAAUCGACAAGGCAUUCUUGAAAAUCUUGGAUUUUUUACCCGAAAAAAUCGAUAGAGAGGAAUUUGAUUAUUGGUUCAAAAAGUUCGAAAAAGGCGAAGAAGGGCUGGAAUAUGAUCUAGAAGAAAGAAAGGUGCGAGCUCAUCGUGCGAUUUUUAGCAGAAUGGAACUGAAAGAGCAACUCCUAAUGUACAAAGCCGGCGGUCGUCCUCGAGAAAUUCUUAAAACGAUGCGUUUCAAUUUUGAAAAGUGCCACGUGACCAUCGCCGCCGACUGUAUCUAUGUGAAAUUCAAUGAUUAUCCAUUGAAUGUGUAUUGGGAGACACCAGAGGACACAGAAAAACGAGAUUUGAAAAUUCAAAAUUUCCGAGAAAUGAAUUGGAAAACGUCGCGAAAAAAUAUGGAGAAUUUUGGAAAUUUGAAAUUUGUCAAAAUUCCGAAAAAUGGGAAAUUUUUGGAUCAAGCGGUGAAUGAUAUUAUGUUUGCACUGAAAAAUCCAAAAAAUUCAAUGAAAUCGCUGAGUAUAUGCGUUAAAGGAUAUGAUUUGCGGACGAGGUAUAAGGAAACGUGCAUUUAUACGUUUUUGGAGAAGUUUCGCACGGAACUCGGUAAAGUUGCUCAUAAAGUAUCGAUUAAGAGUUUGACGCUUCAAGACAAUCGAGCGGAACGAAUUCAGGCGAUUUUGGGAUGUUUAAAACCUGGAUUCCUGGAAAACAUCACGAUUGCUCAUCCUAAUUUUUCGAGUUGGAAAUUUCCGAAUUCACAUGAAAUGCGGCGGGCAGAAUCGCCAAUCGAUAGUAUGGUUCAGUCGGAGCAAUGGAAAAAAGCCAAGCGGAUUUGUUGGUUCUAUGGACCACUGGACAUCCAAAUGGACUAUUUUUAUCACCUUCAAAAUUUCGAAAUUCUCGUUGACAAUAUGCCCAUGGAAGAGUUCAAAUAUCUUUUGAGAGCGCUCCGAAGAAAUGCGAAUUUCAAAAACGCCAUAAUUCAAUGCCAAGAACCCAUAGAUUUUGAAAAUGAGACAGAGGAAUUGGGCGUUUUUCAAAAUCCCAGCGAUUUCGCGGAUGAUCAAUUUCACUUGAGAAUUCCACAUUCGACGGAUUUGAUAACGAUGAGAAUUGGACACGAUGCGAUUUUCAUUGUCAGAAAUACGUCGCCCCGGAAUAAUCGAUAA